AACGCAGCCUCUGUCGGCAGUAUCAGAAGAUGGGCGAAGUAGUUCCAACUGAAAAAUGAGUGCAGAUGGCAUAUCUAACAGUCGUGAAACCUGUGAAGACCGGUAGCAAGUAAUACGCCGCAAAGAAUUUUUUUAUAUACCGUGAUUUUACUAAAAUCAUCUGCUAAAAUGACGAUUGGCAAGAAUAAUAAGAUGCUGCAGCACAUCAACUAUAGAGUCAGAAUCAUCCUUCAGGACUCUAGAACAUUUAUAGGCACUUUCAAAGCGUUUGAUAAACAUAUGAACUUAAUUCUUGGUGACUGUGAGGAGUUCCGUAAAAUCAAACCUAAGAAUACCAAACAACCAGAAAGAGAAGAAAAACGUGUAUUAGGAUUCGUCCUACUGCGUGGAGAGAACAUAGUUUCCCUGACAGUGGAGGGUCCACCACCACCUGAAGAAGGGUUGCCUAGGGUACCAAUCCCGGGUGCUGCACCAGGACCUGGUAUGGCUCGUGCUGCUGGCAGAGGUAUGCCAGCUAGUGUUGCAGGAGUCCCUGCUGGACUCCAAGGACCAGUCAGAGGUGUUGGGGGACCAUCUCAACAGAUCAUGACACCAGGUAGUAGAGGCCAGGUAUCUGCUCCUCCACAAAUUCAUCCUGGUGGCCCUCCGCGCAUGCCAGUUGGUGGGCCACCACCAGGAAUGAUGGGACCACCAGCAGGAAUGAUGGGUAUGCCACCUGGAAUGCCACCUAUAGCACGUGGUGGUCCACAAAUGCCACCUGGAAUGAGAGGCCCACCUCCGGGCUUGAUGCGUGGUGGUCCGCCUCCUCGUCCUUAUUAAUGAAUGCUACUUUUCAAACUUUUAAGAUAUUUACUAAUAUAAAAUCAUUAAGGGAACAAUAUGUAAGAAGAAUCCUUUCUUUAUAUUAAGAUUCGGUAUCACCUAGCCCGUGCAUAAGUCUUCUGAAUGUCAACAAAUAUCAGUUAACAAUUGAGCAUGUAAAGAAUUAACAAACGUCUGUUUUACUUAA